AUGUUGAGAAAAUAUGACCUUGUUUCAAGGGUCAUUCCAUCAUUAAUCAAAAGCCAACCAAUUAGAUGGACGUCAGUGGCCAGUAGUGCCAACAAAGAUGAGGUGAAACCUUUUGAAGAGAUCCCAGGUCCUAAAGGACUUUACAAUAUACCCGUUAUCGGAGCAUUCUUUCACUUCAGGCCUUUCGGUAAAUUUACACCUCAGACCACACACAAGCUCAUUGACAGCUUGCACGAGAAGUAUGGGCCUGUGGUUCGAGUCCAGCUUGGAAGGAAAUGUGUCCUGUUGGAGGACAUAAAAGACAUUGAGACGGUCUUCAGAAAUGAGGGCAAAUAUCCAAACAGACCUGGAAUUGAUAUUUCCAAAGUUAUCUAUGAAAAGAAUGGACUCAAAUUACCACUUUCCGAAAUACAAGGAGAAGAGUGGCAAAAAUUAAGAACUCCCGUCAACAAAAGACUAAUGAAAGCUGACUCGGCCUAUCAUUACCUGGUCCCACAGAACGCCGUAGCUGAUGAUUUUGUCAACAUUUUGGCCACACAAAAGUUAACACCGGAAGAAAUGAAAGAUCUUUUCUUUCGCUAUGCUUCUGAGAGUAUAGCAGUGGUGACAUUAAACACCAGACUGGGGUUCCUGGAUCACUCGUCAGAUAAGGAGUCAUCAGAGUUUCUUGCAGCCACUAAAACGGUUUUCUCUAUAAUAACUGAUGCUAUCAGUGGUAAAAUAAUCACCCAUAAAUGGUACAAAAGCCAGACCUAUACGGAUAUGGAGAAAAGUUUAUUGCUCAUUCGAAAUACCGUUACCUGUGAGCUAGAAUUGACAGUUGUAAAAGAUCCCCCAGUUACAACAGCAACAACACCAUCAGCAACAACAACACUCCCAGACAUGUCAACAGUAGACCCUAGAACCUGCAUGCUGCUGAACGCUGAGAUAUCAAAUUUAUAUUUGUGUUCCUGA